CUGUCAACCUUUUCUUAAACGUUGCAAUGGUCCCAGCCUCAACUGCCUCCUCCGGCAGCUUGUUCCAUCACCCACCACCCUACCCUCUGUGUGAACAGACCCAGCCUCUCCUUGUCUCUCCUGAUCCUGUAGAAUCGCUGACUCCAAUUGAGACUGAAUAUCGCUGGAAGCGCUUAGCAGGGCAGGCAACAUCUGUGGGGACAGACACUAAAAUCGAUGUCUUAGUUACACCAAAGGACCUUGUGCUUGAAACAUCAAGUGUAUUUCUUCCUGCAGAUUUUGCUCACCAGCUAAGGCAUUGCAGCGGUAGAGUUGCUGCCUUACAGCCCCGGAGACCCGAGUUCGAUCCUGACUGCGGGUGCUUGUAUGUACAGAGUUUGUACGUUCUUCCCGUGGCCGCGUGGGUUUUCACCGAGAUCUUCGGUUUCCUCCCACAUUUCAAAGACGUACAGGUUCUGGGCUGGCUCUUUUGUGAGACAGGUCAGCGGGAUCCGAGCUCCUUUUGCCACAGCGAAGGGCUUGACAGCUCAGACCCGAGACCUUGUGGUGACGGGAUGGCUGGAUGCCAGGUCAGUUACGAAGGACAAUGCUUAUGUGACAUCAGCGGCCAGGUGGCCAGGAGAAAGUUUGCUCGCUCUGCCGCUGCCACCGUCAGAGGACACAGGAAUUUCCCAUUACAUGCAUCGGCUAGGGGGCGAAUGCAAGGCUCGGGCGACGAGAGGCGUACCCUGCCCCUGCCGGCAGAGGGCAGAAGGGGAGAGGGAGAGGGAGCGUCGACAGGCCUGGAAGCAGACAGAAGAGAGAAGAGAGGCAGGAGGACCAGCAGGGAGACAGAAAGCCUCCAAGAACGGGAGCGUAAGGUGGAGAGGGUGGUGAAGGCGGUCCUCCGGGCGGUGGAGAAGACGGUGGACGAGAUGGUGGAGAAGAUGGAGGCGACCAAGGUCCUGGAGGUGAUGAGGCAGGACGUGAUGAGGAUGAGGGCCAAGCUGGAGGGCUGGGGCGAGGGCGUGCUGGAGGGGACGACGCCGCAAGCCGGGACAUCGCAGGGCGGCCACCUGGACAGAGCCAUGCCCACCUCGUCUCUGUCCACGCAAGACCUACAGCGAGCCUUCCGCCAGGUCUUCGAGCUCCUUCCGAAGGGGCCCGGUGGCUUGCUGGACCACCACCGCUUCCAGGCGCUGCUGAAGGAGGAAGGCUUCAAAGCCAGCGAGGCCGAGGCACAGAAAGCCUUCGGGAAACUGGAUCGCAACGGGGACGGCAAGGUGGGCUUCGGCGACUUCUGGUGUACAGUGACCGACACCGGCCCCUUCCUGCGCUUCGUGGACGAGCUGCCCGACUCCUGCCCGGCCUGUGAGCUCCACAAGGGCUACGUGGGCAACGGCGUACUCUUCGAGCUGCUCCUCAAGCUCCUCACCAGGCGGGCCAUCUCGGAGGAGUCCAGCAGGAGCCUGGUCCACUACUACUACCAGCGGAUGCAGAGGCUGGAGGCCAGGGCCAGGGAGAGCUUUUGCCUCAAGACUGGGGACGUCUUCCCCAGCUCCUCACUGGAACUGGUGGAGACCGAGCAGACGGGGGACAACAAGGGCGAACUGGGCACCAAGCACUUGGUGGGGUUCUACGAAGCUUUCCAGAUGCUGGUGGGAGACCGCAAGGGUCACAUCCUUGCCUCAGACGUGCUGGGAGUCAUGUACCAGAUGGGGAUCCCGUUGAAGAACCCCUUCGUCCCCGACAAUUUGAAGUUCGUGGACUUCAAGGAGGUGGACUUCCCGGGGUUCCUGUCCAUUGUGACUGACAUCGUGACCGUCACCCGCUUCCUGGACCCCCGCUGCUCAGGGUGUAAGCCCGGGGGGUCCCCGGAGCUGCUGCUCUUCCGCCUGCUCCUCAAGAUGCUGCAAUCCAGCUCGCUGGAGGCCCGGAGCAGGGCGACAGUGGCGGGAUACUUCCAGGAGAAGUUCCGUGCGUUCGCCCCGCUGUGGAGGAGAGGAAGGAGGCGGCGGGGGUUGUCGGCCACCCCUUCCGACGCCGCUGCUUCCUCGACCUCGUCCGGGACUCCGAGGCGGAACAGCAGCAUGGGCGAGUCCGGCAGGCUGGUCAGGCACCAGGGCCACGCCAAGAGGCUCGGCCGGUCCGCCGGGCAGCAGUACUCACCCCGCGGCUCCCCGGAGCAUGCGAUCAACAACAUCAGACCCCCACGACUAAAUAGGUGAUGGGAGACGAGAACCAGAUCGAUGCAGGUAGAUCUGUACCAAGACCAGCUGGUGAUAGUUUCAUGUUAAGUUUGGCUAGAGAGAGAGUGUGUGUGUUAUGAAAUAAAUAAACAAAUGUCAUGAGUCAAGAGAGUUUAUUGUCAUGCGAUACCCUAGAGCUCCGCAGAAUCAGGCUAAGACCUAUAAGGAGCUUCACAAAAUCACGCCAUCAAAUCUCCCGUCAUCCCAGACCACCGACUGCCAUGAAACAAGACAAAAUAACUCCCCACAUCAUCAACUCGCUAAAUUUGCAUAAACUUUGCUACCAAUCUUCCCCUUACUCAAGGACGAUAAAGGAAUGUAAUAGAAACAUCGCAAAUGGGUGCAGGAAGAGGCCAUUCGGCCCGUCCAGCCAGCACCCCCAUUCAAUGUGAUCAUGGCUGAUCGUCCCCAAUCAAUAACCCGUGCCUGCCUUCUCCCCAUAUCCCUUGAAUCCACUAGCCCCUAGAGCUCUAUCUAACUCUCUCUUAAAUCCAUCCAGUGACUUGGCCUCUACUGCCCUCUGUGGCAGGGAAUUCCACAAAUUCACAACACUCUUUUUCUCACCUCAGUCUUAAAUGGCCUCCCCUUUAUUCUAAGA